GUGCCCGCGCCGCUGCGCGAUGCAGUGUGGGGAAUGGCUGGGGUUGGCUGAAGAGCGCACAGUGGAGUUUUAAUGUCCGCCAUGUUGGCCAUGGCGUAUUGAAGAGAGCGAGCGAGAGCGGCGCGGCGCGGCGCAGACACCCACCUCCCCCCCCCUCCCCCCGGCUGGUGGCAGUGCCCGGACAGCGAGCUCCGCGCUCCGUCAUUCCAGUCCCCGGUAGCGGUUGGCGAGUGGGGCCCGGACCCCGGGUUCUCCAUGAUCCCGCUGGCCGGGGCCGUUUCCCCAGAGCGGAGAGGUAUCUGCUGCGCCUGAGAUGAGUAAAUUGUCGUUUCGGGCGCGGGCGCUGGACGCCUCGAAGCCGCUGCCGGUUUUCCGCUGCGAGGACCUGCCCGACCUGCACGAAUACGCCUCGAUAAACAGGGCCGUCCCGCAGAUGCCCACCGGGAUGGAGAAAGAAGAGGAGUCGGAACAUCAUCUCCAGCGGGCUAUUUCAGCACAGCAGGUAUAUGGCGAGAAAAGGGAUAAUAUGGUUAUUCCAGUCCCGGAGGCAGAAAGUAAUAUUGCCUAUUAUGAGUCUAUAUAUCCUGGGGAAUUCAAGAUGCCAAAGCAGCUCAUUCACAUACAGCCUUUUAGCCUGGAUGCUGAGCAACCAGAUUAUGAUUUGGAUUCUGAAGAUGAAGCCUUUGUGAAUAAGCUGAAAAAGAAAAUGGAUAUCUCUCCUUUGCAGUUUGAGGAGAUGAUUGAUCGGCUAGAAAAAGGCAGUGGCCAGCAGCCAGUUAGUCUGCAGGAGGCCAAGCUACUGUUGAAAGAAGAUGAUGAAUUGAUUAGAGAAGUAUAUGAAUACUGGAUUAAAAAAAGAAAAAACUGUCGAGGUCCCUCUCUCAUCCCAGCAGUAAAACAGGAAAAGCGAGAUGGUUCCAGCACAAAUGAUCCUUAUGUGGCUUUUAGAAGACGUACCGAGAAAAUGCAGACACGAAAAAAUCGAAAGAAUGAUGAAGCCUCUUAUGAAAAGAUGCUUAAAUUGCGUCGAGACCUGAGUCGGGCUGUAACUAUCCUUGAGAUGAUAAAGAGAAGAGAGAAGAGCAAGAGAGAACUAUUACAUUUAACACUGGAAAUUAUGGAGAAGAGGUAUAGCUUGGGCGACUACAAUGGAGAAAUCAUGUCUGAGGUCAUGGCACAGAGACAGCCUAUGAAACCUACCUAUGCUAUCCCCAUUAUUCCCAUCAUCAAUAGCAAUCAGUUCAAACAUCAAGAAGCAAUGGAGGUGAAAGAAUUUAAAGUGAGCAAGCAAGAGAAAUCUGAUGUCAUACGACCUAAAAGGAAAUAUGAGAAGAAGCCCAAAGUCUUACCAUCGUCUGCUGCUGCUACUCCUCAACAGACGAGCCCCGCUGCACUGCCAGUCUUUAAUGCUAAAGAUUUGAAUCAGUAUGACUUUCCCAGCUCAGAUGAAGAACCCCUCUCCCAAGUCUUGUCUGGCUCUUCAGAAGCUGAGGAAGAGAACGAUCCAGAUGGUCCUUUUGCUUUCCGUAGGAAAGCAGGCUGUCAGUACUAUGCUCCCCACUUAGACCAAACUGGUAAUUGGCCAUGGACUAGUCCUAAAGAUGGAGGAUUAGGAGAUGUACGCUAUAGAUACUGCUUAACUACCCUCACUGUACCCCAGAGAUGUAUUGGAUUUGCACGAAGACGGGUUGGGCGUGGUGGAAGGGUAUUACUGGACAGAACUCAUUCAGACUAUGACAGUACAUUUCGCCAGCUGGAUUUGGAAAUGCUUUCCUCCCCACAACACUCUCCAAUCAAUCAAUUUGCCAAUACCUCAGAAACAAAUACCUCGGACAAAUCUUUCUCUAAAGACCUCAGUCAGAUACUAGUCAAUAUCAAAUCAUGUAGAUGGCGGCAUUUUAGGCCUCGGACACCAUCCCUACAUGACAGUGAAAAUGAUGAACUCUCCUGUAAAAAAUUAUACAGGGGUAUAAAUCGAACAGGCACAGCACAACCUGGGACCCAGUCAUGCAGUACCUCUACACAAAGUAAAAGCAGUGGUUCAGCAAACUUUGCAUUUACAGCCGAACAAUACCAGCAACAUCAACAGCAACUGGCUCUAAUGCAGAAACAGCAGCUUGCACAAAUUCAUCAACAGCAAGCAAAUAGUAAUUCCUCUACCAACACUUCACAGGGUUUCGUUUCCAAGACAUUGGAUUCUGUUAGUGCCCAAUUUGCUGCUUCAGCUUUGGUGACGUCAGAACAGCUGAUGGGAUUCAAGAUGAAGGAUGAUGUGGUGCUUGGAAUUGGGGUGAAUGGCAUCCUUCAAGCCUCAGGAGUAUACAAGGGCUUACACCUCAGUAGUACUACACCUACAGCACUUGUACAUACAAGCCCAUCAUCAACAGCAGGUUCAGCCUUGUUACAGCCUUCUAAUAUAACACAGACUUCAAGUUCCCACAGCACACUGAGUCAUCAAGUAACUGCUGCCAAUUCUGGAACAACUCAGGUUCUGAUUGGG